CACGCAGAUAUUCAAUUCGCCUUGCUCCUUUCUUUCCUCUCUCUCCGUUUCUCCGGUCGCGCGCGCGAGUCGGUAAACGAACGAGCGAGACGAGUAACGUUUCCCAAGGGAAGCACGCGCCGGAUCUCCCGACCAUCGGUUUAUCCGCGGCGUCACUUUCGCGUGUGUAAUUAUUCACGUUUUCUUUUAUCGCGAACACAUUGUAACGCAAACAUCCGUCCGUGUGUCAUCUUCCGUUUCUUCGCAGAAGCCGUAUGGAGAUGAGUUACGUUCGUCGGAGACGCUAAGAAAUCCCGACGCACGGAACCGGGAUCGAGAAGCAAACUCACCGAAACUACGUUGUUGUCUGCGCGAGUGGUGCGCGUCGAGCGAUUGAUUCGGAAUCUAGCAACCAGCAGAACGGAGCUGCCAUCACAGCGACUACUCCACAUGUGGACAUCGCCGUCCCGACUCAGGAUCGGCCGGGCACCCAGGAAAAAGACACAGCCUUAAGCUGAUAGCUGUACCGUCAGUUGCCACGGCCGGUAAAAAAUGGAAAAUAUCGAUGGAUCUAGGAGGAAGCUCUCCUUCCUCGGCUUCGGCAAACGUAUGUCGGUCGACGGGCAUGGCGCGGAAAUGGGACCGGAGCUCGACGAAGAGAUGGAGAAGGUCUUUGCGAUGGACACCGGAGAAAAAUUCGACGUAGCCCGACUCGGUUCGCCCUCGGAAUCGGCUGGAUCCGAUCGAGAUCGCGAUCGUGGAUCAUUAUCGCGAUAUGGCGACCGCGACUUCAAUCAACACCGAAAAAGGAGUUACCCUCAUCCGCACAUGCCCCUGAAGAGCCUGCAUUCCAGAUCUAUGCGGCGACACCUUUCACCUGAAGGAUCGGCGGCGGAAGUGUCCGCUGAGGAAGAUCACGACAGCGUCCAAACGAGGAGUAAAGAAGUUCAUGAGAUUGACGGAUUAAACAACAGCCAGCAGCCAAUCGUCGCAACUGAAACCCAAGCCGAAGUCGACGAGGAAACGGCGGAGGAAACCGAAAAUGUGGGUAGCAGCGAGAGCGAGGCGCCAAUCUCGGAGAGGGCGGCUUCCGGUUUCAGCGAAAGCCCGAACGUCGGCAGUCCAAGAGUGCAAUUUGAGAAAAUCAAGGAGGAAGAUGCACCGAACGUGCAAGCACCGGAAGCGCCAAUGGGUGCCGACGCUCCGAGCCACGAGGAAGACCGCAAGUGUCGACGACAUCAGAAGCACGAACACAAACGUUACCACUACAAAUCUCGUAAGUACUCUCUGCAGGAGGACCCACAAUGGCGAAAACGGUCGGGAGCCGGUCUCCCGGACAGCUCGAGCCUGCUAACCCGACGCGUCAGCGUUCAACCGGAAGAAGCGAGCACUCUACAGGAACUUGACAUUGACGAUUUGGAAUCACAUCGUAGCGAUGAUCCGCGCGGCAUGCGUCGGCAUAAAAGCGCCUUUUCGACGGUGCAGAUCGGACGGCGGAGGGAAGGUGGCAUACCGCACGAUACCUUCAAGAAGAUGUACGAUCACUCGCCGCAUGAAGUGUUCGUCCAGUUGGACGAGCUGCACGGCUUGGGUGAAGAGCGCGAGUGGCGAGAGACUGCCAGAUGGAUUAAAUAUGAGGAGGAUGUCGAGGAGGGUGCUGACAGGUGGGGCAGGCCUCACGUGGCCUCCCUUAGUUUCCACUCGCUGCUGAAUCUACGUCGUUGCCUGGAAACCGGCGUGGUUCUUCUCGACUUGGAGGAAAAGGAUUUGCCUGGUUUAGCCUACAGGGUGGUCGAGCAGAUGGUUGUUGAGGAGCUGAUUCUAUCCGAGGACAAACCGGUUGUGAUGAGAGCGCUGUUGCUCAGGCACAGGCACGUGCACGAACACGAACGUGGCUUCCGAUUCGGCGGCAAAAGGAGCUACUCCAGCUACACCAGUCUUCAGUCCAUCUGGCUGGAGGAAGAAGAUGCUGCGCGGGAAGCCGCUGAGAACCAUGUAACCCAACAUAAUCUGCACGAUGCGAAGCCGAAGAUCGUGGCAUCGAAUCUGGCGCUCGACAGUAACCAUGCCGUGGUGGUCGACAUAAAGGAAGAACUAACGUACAUGAGCAGUAACGAGGACUUGAAGAAGGGUCAGAAUGAAUACAUCUUGAAGAGGAUACCUGCCGGUGCGGAGGCGACAGUCGUCCUCGUCGGCGCCGUCGACUUUUUGGACCAGCCGACAAUAGCUUUUGUGCGAUUGGCCGAAGGUGUGUUUAUACCAUCCAUCACGGAAGUCAAGAUACCAGUCAGAUUCGUCUUUAUUCUAUUGGGGCCGAGAAACGCUGAUCUGGAUUAUCACGAGAUCGGUCGAUCGAUCUCCACUUUAAUGGCGAACACAUCGUUCCACAAAAUCGCUUAUAAAGCCAACGAAAGACGAGAGCUGCUGUCGGCGAUCAAUGAGUUCCUAGAUGAUUCGAUCGUACUACCACCGGGUGACUGGGAGAGACAGGCGUUAUUGCCAUUUGAUGAACUCAAGGCGAAGAGCGAGGCCAUCAGAAAGAGGAAAGCGAAGGCGCUCGAGGAGAAGAGCAAGCCGGUGCAAAGCGAGGCGGCCGUGAAGAAAGCUCUUUUAGCUGGCGAAGAGGAGAAAAAGCCACCGGAGGAUAGCGACGAUCCACUGCGACGCACCAGACGACUGUUCGGCGGCCUCAUCAAUGACAUCAAGCGUCGCUACCCUUUCUAUUUGUCCGACCUCAAGGAUGGUCUAAACUCAUCUUGUCUCGCGGCGGCUAUCUUUAUGUACUUCGCCGCGCUGUGCACCGCCAUCACUUUCGGCGGUCUAAUGAGCGACAAGACGCAAAACUUGAUCGGCAUUUCCGAGACCCUAAUCUCGGGCUCAUGGACGGGCGUGGUGAUGGCGUUGUUCGCUACUCAGCCGCUGGUGAUCAUCGGCACGACCGGUCCGCUAUUGCUCUUCGACGAGAGUCUGUACAACUUUUGUUUGGCGAACGAGCUCGAGUUCCUCACCAUACGGGUGUACGUCGGCAUAUGGAUGGGGAUCAUCGCCGUGGUGAUCGCGUGCGUCGAAGGUUCCGUCCUUGUGCGGCUUUUCACGCGCUUCACCGAGGAGAUCUUCACCGGACUGAUCUCCAUCCUUUACAUCGUCGAGACGUUCAUCAAGCUUUACAACUACUUUGUCCGUAAUCCACUUCUGCACGAGUACAGCUUCGGACCGGAUGCCAAUGACACCACCUAUCCACUCUACGUUACCGAGAUGAGGGUCAGAUCGCUGUGGAACGGAACCGAGGAGAAUCUAAUUUUGGAAUAUCCGCGCGAGUUGAUACCGAGCCGCGACAUUGCCAAAUUACCCGUCAACCAGCCCAAUACAGCUCUGAUGUGUACUAUCCUUUGCCUCGGCACCUUCCUUGGCGCUUAUUACCUGAGGAUUUUUCGCAACAGCCAUUAUCUGGGUCGUAGUGCUCGACGAGCGUUUGGAGACUUUGGCGUGCCCAUCAGCAUAAUUGUCUUUGUUCUAAUCGAUUAUCUGGCUACGGUGAAGACGGAGAAAUUGCUGGUUCCCGAAGGACUCUCCCCGUCUGUACCCGGCAGAAAUUGGUUCGUGUCUCCCGCUGGUUCCGAAAAACCUGUUCCCAUCUGGAUGGCGCUAGCUUCUGUAAUACCGGCUCUGCUGGUUUACAUUUUGGUAUUUAUGGAGACUCAAAUAUCGGAAUUGAUCAUCGACAAGAAGGAACGCAAGCUGCGAAAGGGCAACGGUUACCACAUGGACAUCGUAGUGGUCUGUCUGAUGAACAUGGGAUGUGGACUGAUGGGCGCGCCCUGGUGUUGUGCCGCAUCGGUGCGCUCCCUCACGCACGUGUCCGCCGUGACCGUGAUGUCGCGGACUCACGCGCCCGGCGAUAAGGCGCACAUUGUCGAGGUGAAGGAGCAACGGGUGAGCGCCCUCCUCGUCGCGAUACUGAUAGGCGUGAGCGUGCUGAUGGCGCCGCUGCUGCGUCGAGUACCGAUGUCCGUCCUGCUGGGUGUCUUCCUCUACAUGGGCAUCUCGUCGACGAACGGUGUACAGCUGUUCGAUCGCAUCAAACUGUUCUUUAUGCCGGUCAAGCAUCACGGCACGGCAAAGUACGUGCGCCGCGUGCAAACCUAUAAAAUGCACAUCUUCACCUCCAUACAGAUUCUGUGCCUGACGGUGCUGUGGAUCGUUAAGAGCACCAGAGCCGCCUUGGCUCUGCCAUUCUUCCUUAUUCUGAUGAUACCGCUGCGCUCACAGAUGCGCCACUAUUUCACCGCCGCGGAGUUACGCGCUCUUGAUAGUAAAGGUUCCGAGCAUGAAGUCGAGGACGAGUUGGACUUUUACGAGGAGGCUCCGCUACCUGGUUAGACUGUGCCUUAAUCGACUAUUCGAUAUCACUAUAUAUUUCUCUCUCUCUCUCUCACAUGUUUUUUUCUGAAUUGUCUCGUACCUUCCGAAACUGUUUAACUCGUAUACCUGUCCUGCAUCAGGGUCUCCUAAAGUGUCUAGUGACAGUCCGAGAGUACAGAGUUCUAUUUUCAUCAGAUUGAAGUAUAAAACGUAUUUUCUGGGUCCAUUGUUAGAAAAUUGAUAAGCGGUGUAAUGUUUAGAUAGAGAUAAGGUGUGCACAUAGGGAGGAUUGUUAACGGUCGAUCAGACUGUUGGAUUUCACGAUUUUCGGUUACACAAAUGUUUCACUCCAUCAGUUUUUAUUUGCAUCUAGUUGUAUUUCGUUUUAGGCCUUGUUUCUACGGCUAUGUGUUUUCAAUUAGAUCGAUUUAUAAUAAUGUUUCAUGAAUCUCUUACGGAUUCUCAUUUGCAAGAAUUUAUCAAUAAUUUUACGAAUCUCUAAAGUUUAAAUUGAUAAAGUUUUGUUUUCGCAUAGUUUCAAUGAGUUUGAAUGUAGUGUGUCGUCGAUUUUCUUAUUGAUUUUUACAAAAUUUUGGACGCGCGGUUAUUCAAUUCUUUUCUUUCGUAAUCACAUUAUUCCGGCCGUAUUUGUUUCAACUACUGUUUUAUCGGAGAGGCUAAAUAGCCCAAUUGUACAUUUUUAAAUAAUUGUAUUAUUCGCACAGCCUAAUGAAUGCUUAAGAUACGUUUGCGUUCUUGAAAUUAAAUAGGAAAGCAGUGCCUCUGAGUGCCUCAAGUUUGCGCUUGACGAUAUAUAUAAUGCUCAGGAAAGUUCAGCUAAUGGCACAGCUUAAAGAUAGUGCCAAAAUCGAAAUGUUACGAGGAUGUUACAACAACGCUUGGCUAAUGGUGAUUGGAAAGAUAACCGUUUCACCGAUCCUUCCUUUUUCUCUUCUUCCUAUUGAAAGUAAUUUAUGAAUUCCAAAUUUUUGGAUCAUGCGUGCUAGUCACGUUUUAGAAAAUUUCUUUUUUACAAUUAUUUACACGUAGAUUUUUAAAUUUUUGCGAGAAUUCUAUCAAACGUUUCAAUCCCAUGAAUUAUUAUAUAUUUAAUAAAUCUAUAUUAUCUAUAUAAUCCUGGAGACUUGAGAUCCAGGAAAAGUUACAUUAACUUUUAGAGGGCAGAGGUUUUUUUAAGAAACCAUGAAGAUUCACUCUGUACAAUUGUAUUCGGUUGUUCGGCAAAUUUUUUAGUUUUUUCCCCCGUAAGAAUAAAAUUGAAAGAAAUGGAAAAACCGUACAAUGUUUCGCGCAGCCCUCUAAUGAGUAAUCUCUGUUUUCGUAGACUUUUCCAUCUACAUAUUCUUAAAAUUAUAAUCAAUUGUAAUCCCUUUUAUGAGAGAUUCCGACGCCUCUCUUAAUACAUACAUAUACACACAUUUUUAAAUUUUCAUAGGGACUUACAUACGCAUAUUAUUACGAGGAUCAAAAAGUAAAGAGACAUUUAAGAAAUCAAACUCUUUAAAGAAGUAUUUUUCCUCACGCGCACAUGAAUACUUGUAUACACAUAAAUUCUUCAUCUUCUUUACUUGCACAAGUACUUAUACAUUCGCGCGGAUACUUAAACAGAAUUCUUACCAUAUGCACACAUAUAUAUACACACCUAUUUUUUAUAUCUACAGACAUGUCCCCAUAGAUUUCAUAAAUCUUCACGUGGAUUAAUUCUUCGAUUUUGCAAUGAUUAUUGAAAUCCUGCAGGUCGAUACAAGGUGCAUUGCAAAGUAUAUUUACUGAAUUUGUCCUGCGAAUUCUAUCGUAUAGGAUUCGUGCACGCAUUUAUUCCUAAAAUACGAUGGUUUUAAUUUACUCUUACGGUUUGAAACCGAACAGACGAGGUUCGCGCGGACGCUAUGAGUAAGACCAAGCGAUCGAUGAUGCUAUAAUUAGAGUGGUUCCGAACUAUAGUAAGGGUACAUAAGGCUGGUGAAAGAGGCAGAGUUAUAGUUAACCAAAUAAACUAUUUUCGAACAAAUAGAGCAUAUAUAUAGAUAUAUAUACACAUAUAUGUAUAUAUAUAAAGAGAAUAUACUGUAUUUUCAUUCAUUAGAGUAUUUUACUAAACUUCCGUAAAGUCGUUUCUGCUUAUUACAUUUAUCGAUUGUUAAUUAAUCAAUAGUAGGCAUGUGUAUAUAUACAUAUACUUGUGGAGGCGAUACUUAAUCAUUGUGAUAGCAAACAGAAUCGCUCGCAGAAACAAAAAUUGUACUUACGAGCACUUAAUGUUAGAGUAAUGAAUUUGUAACGCAGAUCCUAAUUAGCGUUUAAACGUUAUCAAUCCAUAGAAAAUUAUCGAUAUACACACAUAUACACCCACAUGCGUUACGGUACCAUUGAUAUUACAUUACCGAAGCAAAUUGUUAUGCAGCGAUAGGGCGAUUGUAAAUAAUCUAGUUAACAUACAGUAUUAAAAAAUAAAAAAAAAGAAGUAAUAAUUAGAAAUAGGUUCUCAAUAGCUGAUUUACGCCUUAAAUUAGUGAUCGAGGAAAUAAAGGAUAUUUUAACUGA